AUGGGGCCGCCCCGGGGCAAGCCGUCCCACCGGGCCCUCAUUGAAGAGCUGGCUACCCAGCGGUUUGCAGAGGAAGCAAGAAAGCAGGAAGUUCUUCGCAACACCGCACACAAGAAGGCCGCCAAUGCUGCAGCCCAAGUCUCAAAGGACCGGCGAGCGCAAAUGCUGCAGGAGGAGAAGCGGAGAGAUGAGGAGAAGAAGCAGGCGGAAGAGGAGCUCAUCACAUACCACAGUCAGACUUUGCAACGGAAGCGGGAUCAGGAGAGGCAGGAUUUGCGAGUGGAGCUUGCUCUCCUAUACAAGGCCGAACAAAAGAAGUGGGCUGCGAAAGACGCGUCGCUGCGUGACGCGGCGCAGGGCAUUGACAGCUUUGAGUCGAACCUGCGGCGCUUGGGCCUAGAUGCGGACGCCGAAGCCGAUGCGGACCCGGUGAUCCCCACUCAGGGGAGCAGCCCGCACGACACGAUGCGCAAGAUCCUGGGAAAGCUGCCGCCCACCGGGACCGUCGAGCAGUCGGGCCGUGAGUAUCUGGAACGGAUCAAGAGGCGGAAAGCGGAAGAAACGCAGGCGAGGAAGGAGCGCGAGCGGAGACGACGCAAGGUCGUGGUCGAGCAAGCGCUCGCGCUAGCCGCGGUCCAGGAGGCGCGGCAGGCCGAGGCGGCCGCGGGCGCCCUCGCGCGGGCGAGCCGCGCCGAGGAACGCAUGCGCGCGCACCUAGAGGCGCUGCGAAUGGGGAAACAAACAAUUGUUGCGAAUCGGGUACAAAGGGAGAAGGAAUUGGCGGAAGAGCGGGAGAGGGAGUGGCAGGCCGCGCUGGAAAAGGACCGGCAACAAGGUCGGGAGAACAGGGCGGCAUAUGCCCAGCGCGCUGUGGAGGAAGCGAGGCGGCACGAGGAGGAGAAACGGAAGCGGAAAGAGGAAAAACGGCGGAAAGUAGAGGAGGCAUGCCAAGACAUCGUCAAACAGAUUGUCGGCCUGACCGAGAUGACCAUCGACUACCGCGAAGCCGCGGACACCAAUGGGCUGCUGCCACGUGCCACGUGGCGCGAGUGGAAGGCCCUGUUCACAUCGGGCGCGCAGCUUUACGUGCCCAUUGAGAAGAGUGUAGACAACGAGAAUGGGGAGAAAGCAGAGGAGGGCGACCCGCGAGACGAGGAAUGUCUCAAGGACUACGUUGCGUCUCGAGGCGACUGGGCGUCGUCUUCGACCGCGGAAGACUGCGCGAACGCGCGCGCUGUCGACGAGGUUUGGCGCGGGGCUUUGGCGGCGGCCGCGGCCCCGCUGACUCCCGAAGCGGGACGAGUGAACGCCGCCCUCAAGCUGGCCGUGGUCGGAACGCCGUUUGCAGGUAAAACGAGCGUGGCGCACGCUUUGGCGGCGCGCUACAACCUGGCUCUGCUAAACCCCGAGGAUCUCGCCGCGAAGGCGGCCGCGGCUGCGGAACAGCACGAUCAACAAGGAACCCCUCCCGACGGACCCACCGACCUUCCCGGCGACACCCCCACGCUCUCGCCCCCUUUACUGGUCGCCCUGGGCCGCGAAGUCCGUGCGGCGCUCGCCUCGACAGGCAUCGUUCCAGAUGACGUCAUCCUGCGACUCAUUGUCCACGCAAUCGCAACUCUCCCCAAACCUCAAACCCCUGCGAACCCCACUCCUCCACCGCGCGCGGACUCGAAAAAAGGCGCGAAAGGCGCGCGCGCAAAGGCGCCGUCCCCGGCCCCGUCAGCAGAGAGCGCCGAUGCGGCCCUCCUGCCGCCCGACCUGCCACGUGGCUUCGUGAUCGACGGGUAUCCGCGCACGGAGGCAGAAGCGCGCGCGCUCGAGCGCGCACUGACGGGUUUGGAUUUGGAGGCGGAGGAGAAGCAGAGGGCAGAAAGGCCGCGGCUCCUGCCGGAAGAAGCAGCGCCGGAAGAGCCACGUGUCCUGACGUCCGGCCUGGACAAGGUGUUUGUGUGCGCGCUCGCGGACGACGCGGAGGCGCUCAAGCGCGCGCUGGGCAGGCGCGUGGACCCGACCACCGGGCAGAUGUACCACCUCGAGUACUGCCCGCCCGCUGAAGAGGACAAGAUCAUCCACGGCCGUCUGGUCGACCCCUCCCCCGACCGCUCCGCCGGGGGCGCUUCCCUCCUCCAAUCCUCAAGCGCCACGUGGCCUCUCCUCUCUGCUUGGCUCGCCCGUUUUGGCGCGACUGCAACAGAGCUCAAUCUGACGGAAGCGGUGACGUUAGCGGCUGCGACGGCGGUCGCGGCCGCAGAGACGGUUCUGAAGAUCAAGGCGACGGCGAGAGCCGCGGAGGGGGCUGCGAAGGCGGCCGCGAAAGCCGCGGAACAAGUUGCCACGUGUACUGCUUCCGCCGAGGCUGCCUCCAAGGCGGCGGCCGAGGCCGCGGCCGCGCUGUAUCGCGCCAAGCGCGCGCAGCAGGAGGCGUCGGCGGGUUUGCAGCCGAAAGAGACGCGGCUCGUGGUGGAGGCGGCCGCGGCGGACCUGCACGCGCUGCUCAAACAAGCCGCGCGCGCAAAGGAGGAGGCGGAGGCCGCGAAGCAGGCCGCCAUGGCAGCCGCGAAGUCCGCACUGGAAGCCGCGGACUCCGCCCAAUGUUCCGCUGCGGACGUCGGAACGUCGACAACCGCGGCCGAGGACGCCGUGCGCGCGCAGCAAGACGCAGAAAGCGCGCGCGCAAAAGCGGAAGCGUCGCGAGAGAGGGCGGAGAAGGCGGCGGCGGACGCGGACAAGCUGUGGCGGAAAGCGGAACGGACGGCGUCCGGCGAGACGGAACCAGCGGAAGAGGCCGGAGAGGAAGCUGAAAAAGCCCCUGUCUCCGCUGUGCCGCCCGCUCCGCCCGCGCCCGCUCCGCUCUCCGGCGAGGAUUCCGUUUUCCUCCUGGACGCCUGGCGGAACCUGGAGUUGGAAUACUGCGCGAGCGUGCGCGCGUCCCUGCGCAAGUGCCGGCAGGAGAGGGAAAAGGCCGUCGCUGACUGCCGCGCGGUCAAGACGGAGUUCCUGGACUUCCUCAACCGGCAGGACGGGAAGCAGCGGAUCGUGGACGAGUUCCAGGAGGAGUUCAACGAGGUCGACUCGCGGCUGCGGCACAAUGGCAGCAUGAAAGAAGAGCUGGGCGAAAAGGUGCAGGAACUCCGCGACGCGCUCUGGCAGGAGUGCGACGCGCGCAAGGAAGAGUCCGCGCGCGAGAAGGCCGCGCGCGUCGCGGAGGGCCGCGUCGGCAGCCACGUGGCGGAGAUCGCGGGCGCGCACGCGGAGCUCGCGCAGAAGGAGUUGUUGCGCCUGCUGUCUACCCUCGCUUUUCUCCAGACCUAUCACGCGCGCCGCUUCGCGCUCCAAACCCCAAACCUCCUGCCCGAACUCUCCGCCCCAACCGACCCCCCACCUCUCCCCUCUGAUCCUUCCUGGGUCGCGGCCGCGCCGCCAGCGCUCGCGAGCGUUGCGCGCCGCGCGCUCCGCGCUUUACAUACGUCACGCACGGCCCUCAAUGAAGUCAUCAGCCCCCCGGAAAAGAAAGAGUCGGCCGCGCCCGCGCGGCAGCAGAGCGACAAGAGCGCAAAGGGGGGGAAGCGCGUGUCGGAGGCCGGGAAGUCGAAGCCCGCCAAAAAGGGCGACAAAGCAGCGGCGAACGAGCCGAGUGAGUCGCCCGAAUCGGCGCCCGAGGCGGCCGCGGACCCGGAGGUUUUGGCGCGAAAAGAGUGCGCGCGCGCGCUGCUCACGGCGUUAGAGGAGGAGGGAACUAGAGCGACGGAAAGGUUGCGUCAGCUGGCGGAAGCGGCGGCGACGGACAUGGAGGCAGUCAAGGAGAUGGAGGCGCGCGCGUUUGCGCGGCUGGAGGACUGGAUCGCGGAGCGGUUCAAGGCGGAAUGCGCAGCGGUGACGUCAUUGGUGGACAUGGCGACUGCUGCGGUGGACGAGGGCAUCGCGCUGUGGUACAAGCUGAUUGUGCAAGGGGAGCGCUUUCAGGUCGACGAGGCGCAGCUCAUGAUGGAGUGCCCGCCGCCGCCCCCUCACCCCGAGCCCUCCCCUCCCUCGGGCAUUAUGCCCGUCGACGCUCUGGACGGGCUCGCGGCCGCCUUCGCGGACUCCGCGCCUUCCGGCCGCGUUCCACUCGACUCCGCUGCGGAAACCGUUCCGCGCGUCGCGCGCGAGUGCUUAGAGGCGCGCUCCAACCCUGCGAACCAGCCCGUCACGCCGCGACUGCCGGGGGGGCAAAAGGCGGCGGCGCCGGCGGGAGAGAACAUGUGGGCUGACGUAUCGGAAGAAACUUUCCAGGCAUGCUGCGGUUCCCUUUCGGCUGGCGGAACUGUCUCCUGGCGGCGCUUCCUGAGCGGGCUCAUCGCUGAGAACAGCGCCGGCUCGGUCGCGGCCGGCACCCCCGAGGACGUCGCACGCGCGGGCGCCAGGCUCGAGGCUGCGGACAGCGAUGCGGACGGGAAGCUGACGUACGAAGAGUGGAUGGGGGCGCAACUCUGGUUCGAGAAAGAUGACCUCCCCGAGGGCUUCAAGCGCGGCGCCGCGCUCAAGGCCGUCCUCUUCCGCAUGUGCGCUGACGUGGAGGAGUCCUUGGUGACGUGGCAGACUCUUCUCCAGUACCUCUGCGCCCGCCCGCAGUCCGCCACGUGGAUGCUGGAGACGGCCGCGGCCGCGGUGGGCGCGCUGCCGCCGGACUACGCCGUUACUGCUGAGCACAUCCAUCAGCUUCUCUCCUGGGACGGCCCCCCGGCGACAGCGGCACUCAGCGUCGCCGCCCUCACCGCUCUUGUCCAGACACACUCGGGGGGCAUUUCUGCCGGCGACACCAGCCCCCCCAGGAUCCCUGUUUCCGAGAUCGGCACAAACCCCGCCUUCGAAGCGGUCCACGCAGCGCUCCAGCAGCUUUACACGUGGACCCCCUGCGGACCAAUCGUGGUCGAGAACAGGGCGCGCGACCUCGAGCUUGCGAAGGCGGCCAGAGAGGCGCGCGCGUCGGGCGGGUUCAGCGAGGGCUUGGGGGCGCCGAAGAAGGGCGCGGCCGCGGCUGCGCAGAAGGGAAAAGGGCAGCCGGCGAAAGGGCCGUUGCCCACACCCGCUAAAGCGGCGGCGGCGGCAAAAGCCGCGCCCAAAAAGAAGUAA